AUGUCAGCAGAUGAAGACGAAGAUGAGGAGCUCUUUACCGUCCACGCCCUAACUUGCCUCUUUACUUCAUCAGCCGAUAGACAGAAGAAAGCCUUCAAUUAUUUCAACCGCUUUCUCCAAGGAUACUGUCCCCAAAUUGGAAUUGAUGUCAUUGUCGAUGGAACCACCAUUCCCUAUCGCGGUAUCCCCCGAAAGUCCUCCAACAAAGCUAUCGCUGAAUUCUGGGACAAACUGUUCGGAAAUUUCAUCUAUUUCAUGGGCAAUAAAACGAAGCUCGCAGCAAGCACCUCUGAACAAUACUGCUCCGGAGUCAAAACCUACUUUGUCGACAAGUUCAGAACCGAGACCCCAAUCCCUACUUUUCAACAAGGCCUUUGGAAGCAAUUGUUACAGAAGCUCAGAGCGUUCUACCGUGAAUCCAACCGCGCAACUGGCAAACGAACAGAAGAGAAGGCGACCAGCACGCGACGAGACCGGGAAGCCUUGGCAACUGCAUGCAUCUGGCUGAAAACACCACAAUACGCCGAGUUCUGGCAUCUCUUAAAUGCCAGUUAUCACUGCUGCGGACGCGGUAGUGAAGUCUCCCUAAUAAAAGCAAGAGACACACAGACCACUGAUGUGAAUGAACUAACCUACAACUAUGAAGUCAUUACAACCUACUGCCAACGUCAAAAGGACAAUGAACCGCAAAACCUCCCAAUCUACCCCCACAGAGAUGGAAUUCUCCAGGAUUUCUACUUCUCUCUUCUUCACCUACUCGUAUUGAAUGGCUGCAACAAUGAGUACACCUUUCCAAUCUUCUCCAAAGCCGCGCUGAAGACGAAAGGAGGCAAAUCCGACAGCGGUGUCUCCAAAGCGUGGACUAAACUCUUUGAUCGACUCCGAGAAACCUUUGAGAUCCUCGCCGAUGAAAUCAACGAAGAAUUGUCUUCGCACUCCAACCGGAAAGGCUCCAACCAGGACAUGGCAGAAUGCCUCUCCUUGAACGGUAUGGCCGGAAUAUUUCGAACUGGUUGGUCGGUAUGUGGCCUUCAUUCCGUGUUUGAUUACAUCAAUGGGUCUCUGAAGAUGUCACACCAGGCCGGUAAAGCCCUAGCCAACUGGACAUUCAAGAUUGGUGAAACGAUUGUUGGCGGCCAACCACCAACCUUUGAUGACAUUGAAACAGAUGUCGACACGCUGAAAAAAUUCACCAAUGUGCUGUUUGAAGACGAUGUAGAGAAACUCUGGAACCCCAAAGUCCGAGAACUACUGGUCAUGACCCUGCUACUGCGCUACAAUGAGUUCUGUGAGAUCCUUGAAUGUCAUCCGCUUGCAAAACUUGUCGAAGACGACGUAUCCCAAGGAUUCACCAGCUCGACUGUUCGAGACAAUCCUUUUCUCUGCCGCAUCCAUCAAGCAUUGGUCAAAGUCCAUGCCGAAGAUUUGCUGUCUUCCUGGACCGACGAAGCUCGGAAAGCCUUCCUAGCCCGCAACAUGCCAGGCCUCCCGAUUGAGAACUUCUCCUUAUACGGUGGCGCGUCGAUUGGAAACCAAAUCCUCAUAGACCCCCGUUGCUUUGUUGAUCACUUCAAUGCCCUCGCCUCGGUAACCCAAUCAAUCCACAUGAAUGUCCAACGCCAACAACACAUGCUCAAUGACAUGCGUAAUGCAAUCCAGAAUGAGAGCAGAAUCACCAGCACUUUCAUUGUGGGACAACUAUGUACGAUGAACCAAGCCAUCCAACGACUUGAGAGAAACCUCAUAGGAGAAGCCCCGGAACCAACUCAACCCAAAUCGAAAGGCAUCAUCAAGUUUUCAAUCAACACGGAAGGAAAGAACACAUCCCUGACAGAACUAACCACAGCCUUCUUUGCUGAAGAUUAUCGCGCAGGCUAUGCACUGGAUCAGAGAAGCGGCUCCUGGGAUGAACUGUCGAAACCGGAUAAGAGAACCCUCAUCAACAAAUUUGGUUCAAUGAAACGCGCAGUAAGGUUCGUCUUGAUGCAUGCAGACGAAUUCCCUCCUACCGCAAACAAAGAAGAGAUCAGAAGGAUUGCAAAACCGGCGGAAGACCAGAUACGACAAUCCCUUCAAUUCGAGAAAGACAAGGUCAUCACGCAUAGCAAGCUGGAGAGAAAAUUGAAACUCCCUGCAUUUCGCGAAAUUGAGAAGAAGGGGAAACUACCAGAGAACACCCCAGAAGAUUGGCGAAAGUUCUUCGAGUGA